UGGCACGCUCCUUCCUCUCUUCCUGCUAGCUAGUCGGCACAGCUAGCUAGCUAACAAGAUCUUUAAACUGCGUGGUGGAACUAUUAUGAACUGUUUAAUUCGUGUGCUAUAAUUAGUUUCUUUUCCUAUAGUCUUGUUAAGAAACCAGACGACAGAAUGAACAUCAGAAACGCUCGGCCGGAGGACCUCAUGAACAUGCAGCACUGUAACCUGCUGUGUCUUCCAGAGAACUACCAGAUGAAAUACUACUUCUAUCACGGCUUGUCCUGGCCUCAGCUGUCAUACAUUGCAGAGGAUGAAAAUGGAAAAAUUGUGGGAUAUGUGCUGGCAAAGAUGGAGGAGGACCCAGAUGAUGUCCCACAUGGACACAUCACAUCCCUGGCAGUGAAACGAUCCCACAGACGUCUUGGUCUGGCUCAAAAGCUGAUGGAUCAGGCCAGCCGAGCCAUGAUAGAGAACUUCAAUGCUAAAUACGUCUCACUUCACGUGCGUAAAAGCAACCGAGCAGCCCUGCACCUGUACUCAAACACACUCAAAUUCCAGAUUAGUGAAGUAGAGCCAAAAUACUAUGCAGAUGGGGAGGAUGCCUACGCCAUGAAGAGAGACCUGGCCCACAUGGCUGAUGAGUUGAGGAAACCUGGAGUGCGAGUGUCUGGUCAAGAGGCUCCGUCUGGCCAGAGCCCAUCAGGGUCCGGUGACCAGGAGAGAGAAAACGAGAGAGACAGCGGAGGAGAGAGCAAAGAGCUGAGUGAAGUCAGUGAGGCGACAGAAAGCACAGACGUUAAAGAUUCUUCUUCUGAUUCACAAUGACGCUGCAGGCCGAGACAUUUUUAAGAAAUCAUCCCUCACUUCCUCUUUUUAUCUCUGUUUGCCUCUAACUCUGGCUUUACAGACUAUCUGUGCAUCAAAGCUGUUUCAACAUUUCCAUCACUGGAUUUUUCUAAAUUCUUUUUUUUUUUCUGCAGUGAUGAACAGAGAGACUUGGACAUGAAUCAGUAUGUUGACUAAAGUAAAUUACUAAAGAGAA